AUGAGAAAUUAACCCCUACAAAAACUCUUUCAUAAAAAAAUGUAUAAAAGAGUAUUCCUAUUUAAAAACCCGGCUUAGUAAUAUGUGCAAGCAAAGAAUCCAAAACUAUAAAUAUCAUCUAGAUAAAGAAACAUUAAAUAAUAUUUUUGA